CUUCUAUUCACUGACAUAUAGCAUUACCCAUGAGUGGAAACUAUAAUAGACGUGGCCCCGCCAGAGGUGCACCAAGAGGUCCCUACUCGCAAAGACCGUCUAACGGAUUCCGUGGCGGUAGGGGCAGAUAUCAAGGGAACUAUGCAAAUGACAAGCCAUACAAUAUGCCAAACAGAAACCAGUAUAACAAUCAGUAUAGUGGGAACUUCAAUGAGCAAUAUAACUAUCAUCGUUCCAACCAAAAUUCACCUCAAUACUCUUACCAACGUGGCGCUCGUGGACAACAACCGCCAUAUUCAAGAAAUAAUAUUAGUACAGGCCAAUACACACAGACAUAUAAUCCCCAGGGACCAAAUAAUACUAACGGACACAAUGUAUCGUAUGAUAGUCAUCAGCACUUACCACCUCAGAUCUACCAGAACCAAACCCGCAUACUCCUGAACAGAUCAUAGAUGAACCUGAAAUCACUGUUGAUGACGAAGCCGCUAAGUUAUUGAAGUUGUUAGGCGGCAAGAACAAAAAAGAGGUUCCGGAACAUGAAUUUUCUACUGAACCG